UAGUCAGUGUUGCAGUGGGAGCAACUCCUUUAAAACCCUUCAUCCUUUAUCCUUUCCUUCCUUAUACACCUCCUUUCAUGCUCCACCCACCUCCACUCUAGAGCCAUGCUGUGGGCGUGGUUGUGGGUGGUCGGGGUGGGGGCGGAUCAGUUUGGCCCGUCAACAACCCUGCAGGACAACCAUAAAUAUUACACUCUGUCAGUCUAUCAGAAUAAUAUUGCAAACUCUUUUGAAGAGAACUUUAUAGACAUGGAGAAUGCGGAAAUCAAGCAGGGUUUGUCCGAUACUAUGGUUGGAGCUGAGCUGAUUAAACCUCUGUUUCCGUUUCCGUUCUACGGCCAUUUUAUCUCCGAGUUCCAUAUUACUACUCAUGGAUUCCUCUCCCUGUCCUCCCGUCUACAUGAUUAUAUUUAUAAAACACAGUAUAUUGCACCUCUUAGAAUUAAGCUUGACCCGAGUAGAUCUAACAGUUCGACAAUAUCCGUCUUAUCCCUCCCUGAUCGUUUUACUGUAGAGUGGAGCAAUGUAUCUGUUAUGGAGCCUGCUGAGCAUCCUGCAGGAGGUUCAUUUACUUUCCAGGUGACACUGCGACCCAAUGGAGACAUUGUGUUCGUGUAUAUUGAAGUUCAACCCGUCCUAACCACAGCUGCUCUAUACGAUCAUGAACCAGUUGCCGGUAUUUCAGAUGCGUUCCUUCUUCAUGGUUCUGAACUCCAUCUCUAUAACAAGAUCAACAUUGAGAACGUGGAUAUUAACACGCGCACGGUCGCGGUCUUUCGCGCACUUCCAACAUGUGUCGCGCAGAAAAGUUGCGGAGACUGUUUCCAUAUCAGAGAUUCCACCAGCUUUGAUUGCGCGUGGUGUCCCAGCUCCGGGCAUUGUAGUGACGGCGCUGACCGACUCCGACAAACCUGGGAUGAUAAUGAGUGCCAUGUAUCCAAUACGACCAGCUGUACAGAGGGACACACGGAGUGGAGACACAGUUCGGACGGAGCAGUUUCAGAUAAACCAGUUUCAUCCUCAUCCGUCGUGGUUUCAGCCGUUGUUUCCAGUCUAAUGGUUAUUAUCCUUAUAUUCAUUCUUAUAGCAUUCCUGUUCCUUUACGGGAAGUACAAUGAAAACUCAGUGAUAGGUCGUCAGCUUAAAGUACUGCGAAGCUCGUACAAUCAGUUCGGAGCUUCUAAAGGAACAACCCUGGAGUUGGGUAAGAAGAAGUCUGAGCAGAAACCCACCAGAGAGUUUGUUAAUCCUCAUCAUAUGCUGACUAAUAACAAUGUUAUAACAGCAGCAAUGUAAAGGACUCAGCUCAAUCUUUAUAUAUUAUUUUUCUUGUUUUCUUUGUUUUCAUCUGUUUAUCUUGUUAUUCUUUCUUCCCAUUGAUUACUUUAGCUUAUUUCUUUUUUAUCUUUCUGCUAAAAAAGUCAGUUUUUACUAAAUCUAGCUGAAGCUAGAGCUAUAUUCAUAUUUUACUAAUUCAUUCUUUUAUUUCAUUCAUUCCACAUGUAAAUCCUAUAUACUAUAGAUUUAUCCUUGCAACUAUGUCUUUCAUUGUAAAUUUUUCAAUCCUAAUAUAUUUAUUCCUCAAACUA